AUGGCGCAGCGCGACAGUCGUCCGCGCGUCAAACUGUCGUGGCAGGAAGCGAUGGGUGAAGAAGCAGCAACUGCUGCUGAAGCUAAACCUAGCAAGAGCAAGAAGGCGAGCCCCAAGCCACAGUUCAAAGACGCGAAACCCAAGCGCAAGAAGCGACACCCGAACGAGGUGAGGACGGAGCAAGACAUGGAUGCGAUCGCGGGCUACGACGACAGCUCAGAGAGUGUACUGGACGAGGAGAUAGAUACAUUCGGAGGUGCAGGCUUCGUUAUGGUAGAUUUAGAGAGCGAGCUCGAGGAGCUGGCUUUGGUGGCUACCGAGGAAGGAUUCGCAAGUGUGCGAGUCGGUGGCACGCAGAGUAAGUCGAAGAAGAACAAGAAGAAAAAGAAAAAUGAGAAGAGGAAGGAGGCAGAGGUGGUCACCGUGGUGGAGACUGCGAUAGAGACCAAGAAGAGCUCAAAGAAGACCGCUAAAAAGAUGAGGCAAGCACAGAAAUUGCUGUAUAAAGUAGAGGUAGAGGAUGUUGAAGUGGAGAUGACAGUGAUGGGUAUACAGAAGAGCAAAAAGCAGAAAAAGAAGAAGAAGGAGAAGCAACAGACAGUCAUUGCUACCGAUGCUGCUGCGUCGGCAGGGGAAUCAACUCAAAGCAAGGCGAAGGUGGAGACGCAAGGUGAAAACGAGAAGAGCAAGGAUCAAGCUAAGCGUGGUGCAAAGAAAAACACUCCAGAUGCUUCAAAGAACGAUAAAAAUCAGAAGAAAAAGACAGACAAGGAGAACCGGACGCUUGAAUUAGAGGAGAAACAAGCUCCAUUGUCACAAAGUGAGACGGAUAGGAAAUCCAAGGCGACAAACAGAGGUAACCGUGGCAAUGGACAGGUUACCUACUCGGAAUACUUGGAUCAUGACGUGGUGAUUCGUGGACUUGAGAUGGGAGGCCUCCUUCAAGGCAAACUUCGGGUCAACGGCAUGUAUCGCAUGGAUGGCUACAUCACAGUAGAUGGCUUGUCGAUGGAUGUGCUGGUUAAGGGCAUGCAGGAUCGUAACCGUGCUCUAGACGGAGAUCUGUAG